AUGCCCCUGCAGCCUGGAACCAUGCGGUUAACCUGUAUGUUCUCCUCCAUCCUCCUGUUUGGAGCCGCAGGCCUCCUCCUCUUCAUCAGCUUGCAGGACCCCACAGAGCUUGCCCCCCAGCAAGUACCAGGAAUGAAGUUCAACAUCAGGCUGCAGCAGCCCCACAACGACUUCCCACCAGGCAAUACCCAGGAUGGUGACUUUAAGGUGCCCACAGAGAGGGGCACCCGACACUGGCCUAGUCCUGCCCCCAGGGGCCUCAACUCCCAGGACAGCCUGGGGCUUCUGGUGCGUGACCAGCCAGGACCCCACUUGAAGAUGGAGGCUCGCCUGCGACUCCAGCAGAGGCGGCGGCGGCUGCUUAUCAAGAAAAUGCCAGUUGCAGCAGCCAUCCCAGCCAAUAGCUCGGCCAGCACCCUGGUCUGGCCAGGCCCACAGUCCUUGAACGGCCACUGGGUCAGCCUGCAGCUGAGCCAGCAGGAGCGCAAGAGGGUGAUGCAAGAGGCAUGUGCCAAGUAUCGGGCAAGCAGCAGCCGCAGGGCAGUCACCCCACGCCAUGUGUCCCGCAUCUUUGUGGAGGAUCGCCACCGCGUGCUCUACUGCGAGGUGCCCAAGGCCGGCUGCUCCAACUGGAAGCGGGUGCUCAUGGUGCUUGCAGGGCUGGCCUCAUCCACUGCCGACAUUCAGCACAACACUGUGCACUAUGGCAGUGCCCUUAAACGACUGGAUACCUUUGACCACCAGGGCAUCCUCCACCGUCUCAGCACCUACACCAAGAUGCUCUUUGUCCGGGAGCCCUUUGAGAGGCUAGUCUCUGCCUUCCGUGACAAGUUUGAGCACCCCAAUAGCUACUACCACCCUGUCUUUGGCAAGGCCAUCCUGGCCCGGUACCGGGCCAAUGCCUCACGGGAGGCACUUCGGACAGGCUCUGGUGUCAAGUUCCCUGAGUUCAUCCAGUACCUGCUGGAUGUGCACCGGCCUGUGGGCAUGGACAUCCACUGGGAUCACAUCAGCCGGCUCUGCAGUCCCUGCCUCAUUGACUAUGACUUUGUGGGCAAGUUUGAAAGCAUGGAGGAGGAUGCCAACUUCUUCCUAAGCCUGAUCCAUGCACCACAGAACCUGACCUUCCCCCAGUUCAAGGACCGGCACUCUCAAGAGGCACGGACCACGGCAAGGAUCACCCAUCAGUACUUUGCCCAGCUCUCGACCUUGCAGCGGCAGCGCACGUAUGACUUCUACUACAUGGACUACUUGAUGUUCAACUACUCCAAGCCCUUUGCAGACCUGUACUGA